GAUAGCCCCCACCUUCCUCUCUUAUUCCGUCCCCACCCCUCGCGUCAUCCGGCUCGUCCCUUCUUCCUUUCUCUCUCGGCUCUCGCCGCCCGGGGCGAGGGCUCCGGCUCCGGGGAAGAGGCCGCCAUUGGCUCACUGCUCUGACUGGGGAAGAUGGUUGUCCAGGAGUUCACCGUUGAUCUGAACAAGCCGCUUGUUUUCCAGGUUGGUCAUCUCGAGGAACGUUAUCAGGAAUGGGUUCACAAACCUAUCGUGAGCAAGGAGGGUGCACGUUUUUUUGGAAAUGACAUUUUGGAGUUCUUGACACGCACAAAGUGGUGGGCUGUGCCAACCAUUUGGCUGCCUGUUGUUUGCUGGUUGUUCGUGAAGUCUAUUUUGAUGGGUCAUACCAUUCAAGAAGUAGCUCUGAUGGCUCUAUUUGGAAUAUUUAUUUGGACACUGCUUGAAUAUACUUUGCACCGCUUCCUAUUCCACAUUGAGACUAAAACCUACUGGUCAAACACCGCACAUUACCUUCUUCACGGAUGCCACCAUAAGCAUCCUAUGGACUCGCUCAGGCUUGUAUUUCCUCCUGCUGCAACAGCUAUUUUGUGUUUCCCGUUCUGGAACCUGGUGGCGCUCUUUGCAACUCCAUCUACCACUCCUGCAUUAUUUAGCGGUGGCCUGUUGGGAUAUGUGAUGUAUGAUUGCACUCACUACUACCUGCACCAUGGACAACCAUCCAAAGACCCAGCGAAGCAUCUCAAGCGAUAUCACCUCAACCACCACUUCAGAAUCCAAGACAAGGGCUUUGGCAUCACCUCAUCAUUCUGGGACAUUGUUUUCGGGACAUUGCCUCCGUCAACAACCGGAAAGAACUGACGAACAUAACAUUUUCUUUGCAUGAAUAGUUUUAGGUUCCGUUUGGUUCUAGUGGAUUUGUAAUAUAUUGAGGUUAGGCGCAAUGCUGGUUCUGUCCAUUCCAUUCGAGUCCCUGUGGUGUACUGAUGUCUAUUCUGAUGUGGAGAUCUUUCAUUGCCUUGACA